GAAAUAAAUGUGUGUUCAUGUAGACAUGUCUGUGUACAGUAUGUGUGUGUGUGUAAGGGAGGGAGAAAGAGAGAUAUAAAUCAACAUAGACAGCCAGAGCGAAGGAAAGAUCAGAAACUGAGAGAGAUCAGAGAGUGAGAGAGAUCAGAGAGUGAAAUGAAACGAGUGUGAUCAGAGGAGGCAGAAACAGCACACGCAGAUCCCUCUCAGUUCUGAUCUGAUGAGACGCCACAGUGAACCCACGGAGGACGGAGAGAGAGGAGUGUGAGUCUGUCUGCUGGACGUCUCUGUCAUGGACCUGCUGCCGACGUUAGCGUCCUCAGUGUUAGCCUCCACAGCCAGCCUGCUGAGGGACAGUGCUGCGGCUCAGAGCAUCAGCAGGAGGCUCAACAGGAGAACCAUGUCGUCUCCAGAGAUGUGCUGGCCGGUGCCGAUGCGGGCCAUCGGGGCUCAGAACCUCCUCACCAUGCCGGGAGGAGUUUCCACCUCGGGUUACCUCCACAAGAAGGGAGGCAGCCAGUUCAGCCUCAUGAAGUGGCCUCUGAGGUACAUCAUCAUCCACAAAGGCUGUAUGUACUACUUUAAGAGCAGUACCUCCGCCGCACCACAGGGGGCGUUUUCUCUCAACGGCUACAACAGAGUGAUGAGAGCAGCGGAGGAGACGACGUCCAGUAACGUGUUUCCUUUUAAGAUCGUCCACUUCAGUAAGAAACACAGGACGUGGUUUUUCUCUGCAGCCAGCGAGGAGGAGAGGAGGAAAUGGAUGCGGCUCCUGAGAAAGGAGAUAGAUCACUAUAACGACAGAAAAGACUCUCACACUUCAAGUGACACAGAUUCAGAUGCAGACAGUUUCUACGGGACGAUUGAGAAGACCAUGACUAUUAGACACGAUGUGGACAACGCAGAAGACAAUUAUGUUGAGGAUGAUGAUGACGACGAUGAGGAAGACUAUCUGAGGCCAGACGCUGACUAUUCGCCAACGUCGACAGGUCGACCUGCUGGGCCGCCCCCCUCUUACCCCCCUCCCCCAGUGCCAGGUUUUAGUCCCCGUCAAGACUCCAUUCCAGUUUUCCACAAAGGCCUGCCUCCUCCCGUCCCGCCCGUACACAGAAACCCCAGCAGCCCGCUCCCCAAAAAACCCCCGCCCUCUGCCCCCCCUCCCUCCAUACUGAAGGGCCCCAACAGAGGACCGCCCCCUCCUCUCCCCUACGCCCCCCACCUGGAAAAGUCCUCCACCGCCCCUCCUCCUCCGCCCCCCAACGCAAAGAGAACCAGUCAGGGCAGGGCGGCUUCUGUGAGUCAGUCCGGGACCGACAUGAGAGACAGGAGGUCGAUGCCGGGGGUAACCAUCCAAACCCCCGCCACUCUACCCAUCUGCAACCAAUUAGACUCUUUGAUGGGCCUUAAUGGUCCCGCCCACCGCACCCUUAAUGUAGGAGGGAGCCAAUCAAUGGGCGUCAACCACCGCAAGAAGCCGAGCCCACCUCCUCAGUCCAAUAUAGGCCUCAGACCUGCGAUGCUGGACUCUCCGUCCCUCAGCAAGACCUUCCCCAGUCACCCACCUCCGCCUAAUCACCGUCCCACCUCUCCUCUACUUAAAACUGGACAAUUGACUAAGCCGGUGAUACCCAAGCCCCCUCCGCCAACACUUAAACCCUCACUGCCUGCAGCCAAGAACAAGCAGCAGGGGACCAAAAUUCAAAGAGCAUCUCCAGACGGCCAGAGCUUCCGGUCUCCAGGCGAUGAGGCGCCCUCAGAGUUCAGGAGGAAACUAGACUCGAGCAAACACAGCGGAGGAUGUGAAUCUGACGAUGACUACGAAAACGUGCAGAUGCCAGACUCUGUGUUCAUUGAUACGACAGAAACCAGCGUCAUUGAAAAUUUGUUCAGAGAGAGCGCUGUCCACCCCCAGGACGGACUGUACUGCAUCAGAAACUCAGGAACAAAAAUAUCAAAGGUGCUGGUGGUGUGGGAUAUCAGUACAGGCAAAGCCAGGAACUACAGGCUGUUUCAAGAGGAGGACAGCGUGUACCUGGACGCUGAAGCCCCCUUCCCUACUCUGUCAGCGGUGAUCAAACACUACUACAGCCACCCCCUGCCUCACCACGGUUCCCUGUGCCUGCAGAAGCCCUUCACAAAGACCUGAUCCACUCUGAUCCACCAGAGGAGGCUCCGCAAGGGAAAUCCAUCUCUGACAAUGGAGAUAAACUCGCUCUCACAGAUGGAAUAAGUGUCACAGAUCAUACCUCUCACUGUUCAGUGGAAAAGACUGGGUGUCGCAGCAGAAGACUCCAUGCAGCUUCACAUUGAGAACAAAACGGACUGCACGGACAGCAAGGAUUGUGAAUGUCAGUUUUAAUAACAACUACCUUUAGCAAUCAACAGCCAACGGAACAUUAUUUAAUGUACUUUAACAUAAACUAGACUCUUAGCUGAGCACAGCUAACCAUCCUACAGUAACCCUCUUUUGUGCACUGAAAACAAGACUUACUGUCAAUUAUGUUGUAGAGGAAUCUUUUACAUUUUAUACAUCAAUAACUCACCUGGAUUUGUAUCUCGCAAGCCUUUUUAAUUAGAGUCAAAAACCAGAUAAAAAUGUUGGAUGGAAUUAAAUGGCAGCAUUGUCUAAUUACAGAAAGAAUCAUCCAACAAUUAAAACCAUACAUUUACAAACUCUCCAUUAAUUUGCUUAUUUUUAACAUUUUUGCUACAUCCUUUAUAUUUAAAACACUUCGGACUUGAAUGGGCGAGUCUUAAGCAUGCCAAACCAAGAGCCUAUUUCAAGAAAAGUGUCUCAAAUAGGAACUAAAGAAAGUUUCUUUUCUGAAAAUGUAUUUGGGAAGUAGUGCGAAUACAUGAAACUUGGAGAAUACUGCAAGAAUUGUAGAGUUUGUAAAUGGAUGUUUUGAUUGACAUGUUUUGAUAUCUUGUUCACAGGGAGGUAAUCAGUGAACAACUCAUCAUGUUUGUGGCUGAAGUAUACCUUUUUAAAAGAAGGAUUUGAGUUAUGCUGAAGAUACAUGAACCUAAACAGUUGAUGUGAACAAUCCAGGAGCCAGUGUGGCCCGGCAGACGGGUGUUAUGUGUUUUGUCCACAGAGGGGCGCUGUGACACCAAGUGACAACUAUUCAAUCCAUUCUGGUUCAUGUGGGAAUCCGCCAACACUUGCAGAACAACAAGUCAAGUCCUUGCUUGUGUGACCUAUUUUAGCUGCCAGAAGAAGUGCCAGAGCUCAUACCACUGCAAAGGUGUUAAUGUUUGUCAGAACUGAGUGUGACACAGUGAGACCAUCCAUACAGGAAGAGGUCGAGUCAUGUACUUUUGUUUUAUUUUUAAGGACAAUUAUAUCAAAUCAACAUUGCAGCAUAGAAAAACAUAUAUAUUUAUAUAAUCUAUAAUUCGGUUUUUCUAUGUCAGAUAUGUUUCUUAUCGAGAACAAAUUAGAAGCUCUGGAUUAUGUUUGAACAGGACUGACUUCCAGGCAGUAUCUUUGUCAUAAAGCUCAACUUGUGUUAAUGUCUGUGGAGGAUUGUGGGGGAAACUGACCUCUGAUCACCCCUCUGAAGCUGUAUUGUAGUCAUUUGUGACUUGUAACAGACAUUUCCUCUAAUGUCUUUAGAGGACAUACAUGUUGGCAUAAGAGUACCAAAUAUUCAUUGAUUUUCCGAAUCUUAUCCCUUUAAAUGCCAUGUUGUUGCUACUUUUCACAGUAUCUCAAUGAUUAGCCAUGAUUUUCAAGCAUUUUUUAUGCAAAAAAACAUGAAGAUAUCAUGUAUGACAUUGGGGCAGUCUGAGAGGAAUGUUUCAAUCUGUUGGAAAAAAGUCGAAAUUACAGUUUUGACCAAUGCUUAAUGUCAAACCUGAUAUAAUAGGAUUCAAAUCACUUUCUGGACCAAAUUACUCAAGACGUGUCAUCCCAAAUAGACAAAGAACCCUCCUGUUUCAAAGGCAUGAAUAGAAGGGCACCAAUGUCUUCAUAUUUCACAAAUCUGACACCUCUUGUCCAGACUUUACGCCUCUUAUCAAUCAGGUAUUAAUAUAAACAAGCUCCAGAUGUGGAGCUAAAUAACUGUAAUUGUUUUUAAACCUCCCAAGGAGUGGUAACGGCUUAAAGUGUUGUGCUUUUCCUUGCAAUUUCUUGGAAACAUCUCACUGAUUAACAAGAAAUAGGACCAGACGAGUGGUGCUAAACGUCAGUGAACAUUAGGAAUUGUUUCUCAAAUGCAAAAAUGUUCACAUUCUGUAUUAAGCAUGUGAGAACAGCACUGACUUUAAUGCUGUAAAUCAAUCUAUAUUUAUAUGUAAAUGCUGUAUGUACUGUAAAAACAUGUGUGUACAAAUGUAAAAAGAUUAUUUUAUACAGAAAUAUAUGUAUGAGAAUGUAUAAAGGAUUACUCAAAGC